AUGCCUGGGUUUCGCAUCGGUCCUUUCUCUUUGCAGGCCCCCACCCGGUCAGAGCUGGAGGACAUCGAGGCAGCUUCCCAGAGGCUGGAGUACAACUUUCCCCAUGUGGGCUCUACAGCCCUGAUUGAGAGCGGCGCUCCAGCCAUCCCUGGGUAUAACAGCGCGAGGCACCGCGUCAAGAUGGGUCAGGGACGCAAGGUCUUCAACAGAGGAGUCAAGAUGCUGGAGGCCUGGGACCACUUCCGGCUGGGCUGGGCCUUCACCAACGCCCCCCCGCCCGUGGUGGGCGGCAUCGUGCUCGUGGCUGCGCGCUCGCUGGGCCUGUGGUCCUGCAACCCCCUGCGCAUCAGCCGCGCCAGCCGCUCGCCCCGGCGGCUGGAGUUUGCGUCCACCACGCUGCAGGGACACCAGAUCUGCGGCGAGGAGGCCUUCAGCGUGUCGUGGUACCCACAGACUGGGGGCGAUGUCUGGUUUGAGAUCCGCAGCGUUUCCCGCCCUGCAACCCCCCUUGCUUGGCUGGCUCAGCCGGUCCUCCGGCACUACCAGGCCAAGUUUGUGCGAGAGUCGCUGGCCCGCAUGGCACAGCAUGGUGCAGAGACGGCGGCGCCGGGUUGA